AUGUCCUUCAAAGACUUUUUUACGUCUCUAACAACCCUCUUCGAUUCUCGAUCCCUUUGCGACGUAACAGUAGUUGCAGGAGAUAACCACAAUGCAACGGAAUUUCGAGCACACUCGUGUAUACUAUGGGCGAGAUCUGAAUACUUUCGGAAGCGACUAACUGAAAUGAGGCGUACCUUUCAGUUAGAAUCAACAAAGAUUAGAAUCGAGUCUAUCGAAUCUCAAGUGUUUGCAAUUAUACUUAGAUUCAUGUACACAAACCGUCUCCCACUUCCUCCUCCACAGCCCCAUGAUUACAUUGAUCUUCUUAUCGCAUCUGACGUUCUUCAAAUGGAAGCACUUGCCUCACACAUCCAAGAUCGAAUGCUAAUUUCCUCGAAAAAGUGGAUAAAGGAGAACUUUGAUCGAGAUGACGUGAGCGGGAAUGAUGUGAAGGACGAUGACGUGAACGAGGAUGGUAUGAACAAGGAUGAUGCAAAAAAGGAUGGUGCGAAUGAGGCUGGUGUAAAUGAGGAUGAGGUGGAUGAGGAUGAGGUGAAUGAGAAUAAGGUGAAUAAGAAUGAGGUAAAUAGGGAUGAGGUGAAUGAGGAUGAGGUGAAUGAGGACGAGGUGAAUGAGGAUGAGGAUGAGAUGAACGAGGAUGAGGUGGAGCAAACUCGCAAGACUAAAGAAGAAGAGGGAGAUAUAUGUGGAAUCGACGAAAAUAAUAAUAUUGCUGCAACAAUGCAAAGUGAACUCUCAGAGGAGAAAGAAACGAACACAAUCAAGUCAGCAAGUCAGAGCAAGAAACGAGAUUCGAAUGAUGUUGAUCUUUCAGCUGAAUUUCAAACGCCCAAAAAAAAAAGGAACAAAACAAUGAAAACUCUCUUUGAAGAUGAUAUUCAAACAAGAACAAGUUUUAUAGUCAAAUUGCAACUACGAAAAUAA